CUUUCGUGCUCCACCGCUUCCUGCGUGCUUGACAACAGAACAGAACACAGUCGAGGCUUCUUUAUUUGUUAAUUGUUUGAUUAGUAAUUCCUCGUCCCUUGUUCUCUAAGAAUCUUUGUCUAUGUUCCCCUGUUCACCUCUCACCAUUUGACCUUGUUCCGUCAAACCCCUGGGAUUCUGUAAACUUCGUUAACUUGAUGACGACGUGGCUAUCGAGUGGCCAUCGAAAAUCAAAAGACGCUGACCAGUUUACCUGUCACCGCCGUCUCAUAUUUUUGCAGCUGCAACCGGAAGUCGAUGAGAUAUAUGGGUUCAGCUGUUCGUUAGUUACUGUGAUUUCCUCUAGGUAUCCCACGUUUUAUUUGAUCUCAAUACUGUAAGAUGUAGAUGAAGAACGUGUGUGAGGGGCUAAUUUGAGCAGAGCAGAAUAUUGUAGAAUGACGGAGAUUACGAAGACCAUUGGAUCAGCUGGAUUUCUUUGAGGUCCAGUGGGAAACAAGAGGUGAAUAUUUCUUCUAACUGCUGUUAAUCUGAGUAGAGAGCCAGGAUCGAUUUGCGCGCCAAAUUGUAGAUGAGUACUCCUGACAUGGAAAAGAUUGCCACAAGCAGGAAUGAGACGAACCAGAACAGGAAACAUGGUCCCUUGCCUUUACUUGAGAUUUCAUUGUACUGGGUUUUGUGGAUUUCACUGUUGUUGUAUACCAUGUAUACUGUCUUUAUAGCAUCUCAAGGUAAGAAGGGUCCGACAAGCUUACCGGUAGGACUUUUAUGUAAAAAAACAGAUUUGCAGGAUGUGACUGAUUUUGAGUGGGAAUUUUGGUUGAGUGCAAUAGAAUCCUUGAUGCCUGCGAUGUUGCUUCACGCAAUUGGGGGAAUAAUUUUUUCACGAUUUCUUUCCCAGCACAAAGCAAGUUACUGCCUGUUGUUCAGUCUUUCCUUUCUGCUGUACUUCACCGGUUUAAAGCCAGUUAUGUUUAUGCUUGGGCAUUGCUUACUUGUUUACAUGUGUUGUUCCAUUUUGAAGUCGAUCACUGCCGUGUGGGUCUGCAAUCUUGGCAUUUUACUUUCUCUGCAAAUCAACGCUGCUAAAAUAUGGCAGCUUCAGUUCCUCAGCACCAGCUCAGAUAUCAGGAGUUUUACAUUAUUUGUGUCCUUGAUGGCGAAUCUGCGUUGUAUUAGUUUUAGCAUGGACUACUGCUGGCGGCUACGUGAUUCGGACAAAGAUAAACCCGUCAAGCCUUACACACUGAUGGAUCUACUGGUGUAUAACUUUUACUUGCCGUUAUUUGCCAAUGGUCCAGUUGUCACUUUUGAUACUUUUCAGAAAACGUUUUAUCAACCUUACAAGCCAUUUUCAAAGGAGGAAAUCAAAUCUCUUAUCUGGGACUCAACCCGUACAUUAUGGUGGUACUUUUUCCUGGAGGGCUAUUUACACUUCAUCUACUCGACAGCCUUCACACAUGACCCCAGCAUAUUUAGCACCCUGUCUAAUUGGGCCCUGACUGGUAUUAUGUACUCUCAGCUGCAAAUCUUCCUCGUCAAGUACAAGGUGUUCUACCGCUGUACAGGAGUGUUGGCGCGUGUGGACCGGGUCGAGGUUCCUUUGCCUCCAAGAUGUGUAACCACGUUGUAUCUCUUCACAGACAUGUGGAAGUACUUUGACAGGGGUCUGAACACUUGGAUGAAGAGGUAUAUUUACGUGCCCGUGGGAGGGUCCCGUAAGGGUUUUGCUCGUCAAAUCGCGGGCUCGUUUCUCGCUUUUGCCUUUAUAUGGUUAUGGCAUGGUAGUAACAUGCACACCAUGUGGUGGUGUAUUCCUAACUGGCUUGGAGUGGUGGUGGAAUCUUUAGCAGACAUUGUGCUGCUGCUUCCUUCUGUUAAGCGACUCGAGUUUUAUCAACCUUACAAGCCAUUUUCAAAGGAGGAAAUCAAAUCUCUUAUCUGGGACUCAACCCGUACAUUAUGGUGGUACUUUUUCCUGGAGGGCUAUUUACACUUCAUCUACUCGACAGCCUUCACACAUGACCCCAGCAUAUUUAGCACCCUGUCUAAUUGGGCCCUGACUGGUAUUAUGUACUCUCAGCUGCAAAUCUUCCUCGUCAAGUACAAGGUGUUCUACCGCUGUACAGGAGUGUUGGCGCGUGUGGACCGGGUCGAGGUUCCUUUGCCUCCAAGAUGUGUAACCACGUUGUAUCUCUUCACAGACAUGUGGAAGUACUUUGACAGGGGUCUGAACACUUGGAUGAAGAGGUAUAUUUACGUGCCCGUGGGAGGGUCCCGUAAGGGUUUUGCUCGUCAAAUCGCGGGCUCGUUUCUCGCUUUUGCCUUUAUAUGGUUAUGGCAUGGUAGUAACAUGCACACCAUGUGGUGGUGUAUUCCUAACUGGCUUGGAGUGGUGGUGGAAUCUUUAGCAGACAUUGUGCUGCUGCUUCCUUCUGUUAAGCGACUCGAGGACAAGCUAUCUCCGGCCGCGUCACGCCGAGUUCGCGCCCUGUUUGGCGUUGUGACUCUCACCAGUCUCAUUUUAAGUAACUUAGUGUUUCUUUGUGGCCCUGAUCCUGUUUGGUUUUACAUCAAGAGAAUCUUCCUUUUCGGUUGGCCGUCGUCUGCUCUUUUGCUUCUUUUUGGAAUAUACCUUAUUGUGCAAACAGACAUGGAACUCAUGCGGCACAUCUCUGAGUGGUGACACUGUCCUUGUUUUCAGCUGU